GACCAUUUUGUUCCACCAUUGUUUUCUUGUGAGAAAAAAGUGUAAACUGAAGACUGAAGAGAGCCGCGGGACCCUAUUCCAGCCAAAUCCCAGGAUUGUGAACACUGACUGAACAAACACCAGAGACAGUAUUUGGGGCAGCAAUUUUCUUUUCCAGAUUCCAAACCUAUUUUAUUUUUUCUAUUUUUCAGUUCAUCCUUUUCAAAGUUCUGUUUUAUUGAAAACAUUUCUCACACCGUCCAACUUCAAUUCAACAACCGCCCCUUUUGCAAAUUUGGUUCUUUUCUCUUUCUCUGUCACCACUUUCCUUCGUCGUAGGUCACAGCGUGCGCUUCCGCAUCACCCGCUUCUCUCUGCAAAUGUACAGUUGUUGUUGUGGUCCUGUUAUUACUGAAGAUUGAGGGGGAAAUGGGAAAAAUAGCUCUUGCAGUAAUAGUGAGCCUAUGGGUUAUUCCUACCACUGUAAUGGUUAAUCACAUAGUUCCUGAGCCAUAUAUGGAUGAAAUAUUUCAUAUACCACAGGCACAGCAGUACUGCAAGGGAAAGUUUGGAAGUUGGGACCCUAUGAUUACCACUCCUCCUGGCCUGUACUAUCUUUCACUUGCCCAUGUUGCUGCUUUGUUUCCAGGCUUUUACUGGGUAGAAGCUGCUUCAUUUUCUGACUUGUGCUCUGCUGCAAUUCUUCGAUCAAUUAAUGGUGUCUUAGCAGUUGUCUGCAGUGUAAUUCUAUAUGACAUAGUUACUCACUUGAAUCCAACACUUAAUGAUAGGAAGGCGAUGCUUCAUGCAGUGGUCCUAUCCUUGUACCCCCUUCACUGGUUCUUCACUUUUCUCUAUUAUACAGAUGUUGCAUCUGUUACUGCAGUGCUGGCUAUGUAUCUUGCAAGUUUGAAGAAACAUUACUGGUUUAGUGCAUUGAUUGGAGCGUUUGCAGUUAUUAUUCGGCAAACAAAUAUUAUAUGGGUGGUUUUUGUUGCAUGCUCUGGGAUCAUAAAUAUUUCUGUGACUCAUGCAAAGCACCAUACAAAAACUGCUGAGUCGGAUGUAUCUAUCCAACAUGGGUUGGCAUAUGCUACUGGUACAAAUACAGAGGGUUUCAAUCUGAGAAGACGAAGAAUUGUUAAAUCUAGGGAUACCGUUGAGCACUCGUCGUCUAGUUCACAUGCUUCUUCUUCCUUUUCUUCAGGUUUUGCUCAUGAAAUAUGGUCCAUCCUUUUAACAUUAUGGUACAUGAAGUGGAAGCUUUUAAUUUCAUUUAGUCCCUAUCUCAUGGUGGUGGUGGCCUUUCUUUUAUUUGUCUAUUGGAAUGGAAGUGUUGUUCUGGGUGCAAAAGAAGCGCAUGCAGUUACCCCACAUUUUGCACAGAUGCUUUAUUUUAGUCUGGUUUCUGUAUUGGCUCAGGCUCCUAUGCACUUCACUAUCACUCAAGCUGUGGACCUGUUUCAGAUGUUUCGGAAGAGUAGGCCCCUUCUUUACUUUCAGAUGUUUCUGGCCCUUGUUGUUGGCCUGCUUUCAGUACACUUUUUCAGUGUAGCUCAUCCAUACCUGCUUGCCGAUAAUCGCCAUUACCCUUUUUAUCUUUGGAGGAAAGUUAUCAUGGCUCACUGGCCAAUUAAAUAUCUUUUAGUCCCAGUUUAUAUAUGCUCAUGGCUCUCUAUGAUCCACAUGUUGGGAAAAUUUAGGAGUAAAAUAUGGGUAUUGGCAUACUUCUUGGCUACUGCUGCUGUUCUUGUACCAACUCCACUAAUAGAGUUCAGAUACUACACUAUACCAUUCUAUUUCCUGGUGCUUCAUUGUAACAAUUGGGAUGAUCAAAGUUGGAUUCUCACAGGCACACUGUAUAUUGGUGUCAAUAUCUUUACAAUGAUGAUGUUUCUGUUUCGGCCAUUCCAUUGGGAUCAUGAGCCUGGAAUUCAAAGGUUUAUAUGGUGAUUCAAUUCAUCAGAAAAACAAGAUUUGUAACACAGAAACUGCCCUUUUUAUUAGCCUUUUACCCCCAUUUUUACAAGAGUAAAAUUUUGAAUCUCCUUAGUUAAUUACUUGAAGAAAAGUAUUAAUUUUUCUUUUUGAAAUUUCAAGUUCUAAUGGUUACCACCUUUCAUUUUA